AACAUUUCCAGUGAUCAGUGAUUGUUUUCAGAAUUCAAAGUUCCAGUUUUGUCUGUAUGUGUGUUCAGUAGCGAUAAGGGACCGGAAGGCCGUGAAAUAUACUUUGUCACCCUCGCCACAAGCUCUUCUUUUGUAGUACUUACUAGCAUUUGCUGUGGCCGGUAGUGUGAAAUUUAUCGCCAUGGGAGGUGGUCCGCGUGUGGCUGAGAGCGUAGGCAUAGCGCCGAAAAUGACACUGUCUGUGACGGCUUCGAUUGUCGCAGAAACCGUGACAUUUCCGCUGGACUUGACCAAGACUCGGCUGAUGAUUCAGGGAGAGCGGGGAAAGCUGGCCAAAUCGACCAGUGCGGGAGCUCAGCCACCGACAGCGUAUCGUGGAAUGAUGAAAACCGCCAUUGGCAUUGCCUCAGAAGAAGGAGUACUGAAGCUUUGGCAAGGUGUAACGCCAGCACUGCUGCGCCACUGCGUGUACGCCUCCCGUCUUCCAUUCUAUGAAGUAUUUCGUGAGAAGAUGUCGAAGCGUGAUGCGGGUACUGUGACCCCUGUUUGGAAAUGCGCCAUUGCGGGCAUGGCUGCUGGCUGCUUGGCCCAGUUUCUAGCCAGUCCGAAUGACCUGGUGAAAGUCCGAAUGCAGAUGGAGGGGCGCCGGCUGCUGGAAGGCAAAGAGCCAAGAGUGCGGGGUGUAUGGCAUGCAUACAGCACCAUUGUGAAGCUCGACGGCGUCCGGGGCCUGUGGAAAGGCUGGGUACCCAACGUUCAGCGGGCAGCUCUUGUGAACAUGGGCGACCUGACGACUUACGACUCAGUCAAGCACCGGCUGCUGGAGAGUACAAGCUUGCAGGACAAUGCUGUCACACAUGCUAUUGCAAGCGGUUGCUCUGGUCUGGUCGCGGCCGUUGUCAGCACGCCGGCCGAUGUGGUGAAAACACGAAUGAUGAAUCAACCGGUGGUUGAUGGCAGGGGUACGCUGUAUAGUUCUUCUGCGGACUGUCUCUUACAAACAGUACGUCAGGAAGGCUUCUUUGCACUCUACAAAGGAUUUCUACCCAUUUGGUAUCGCAUGGCACCAUGGUCGCUUACGUUUUGGCUGUCAUACGAACAGGUUCGCAAGAUGUCUGGCGUACCAUCAUUUUAACAUUUGCCUCUCUGACUGCCACCCUGGCCUGACGUGAGAGAUUGACCAAAGAGAUCACCAGAUCACCGGUUUACUUGGACUUCAUCAGCAUUGUGAUGACCUGUCAGCAUACAUGUAACUGCUACUGGCAUUCUUGAUGGGUAAGCCCCACGCCCCCUUUACGGCCCUCGGAAAUAUUCAUUUCACCAAACACAGAGGGUGUGCCGAUAGUGGUUGGACGCAGGAGGGGGAGGGGGCAGCAGAGUGCGGUACAUUGUACAACAGUGGCCCAAGACUAUACCAGUGCAACUCUGGCUUUCAAGUUAGUUUCAUGCUUAUAUAGUGCAGUCAUCAGGCGACCCGUGUUGUACUGUCAGCUGCACUUCACUUCACAUUUUUAGAUUAUUCAGGUACUGUUUUCUUCUCUUUCUUCAGAGCUUAUUUCUGGCGAGAAAGCCUUUUCAGAGAAACUUUUAGAGGAGCGGUGAUAGCUAGGUUAUAGGCACCGCUCAAAUGAUAUAAUCAAUGGUGAUAUCAGUUGAUGGUUAUUUUUGAUCUCGUGUCCGUACCGUGAUGAUUAUUAUUACAGUCAUAAUCGUGUCGAUUGUCAAUUGUUCAAACUGCCUUCGAACAGUGUACUACAGGCACGGCUUUUCUUCGUGUUUUUCUUUUUCUUCUUUGAUAUUGUCGUUAUCUGAAAAGUUGUAGGAAAUCCCUGCGUUGUGAAUCACACAACAUAUCCAGGAACAUGAGAAUGAAAGCCAA